AUGCCCUGCUUCAAGGGCAUUGCGGUCAGCAUCCAUGCGAAUGGAGCCCCGCUGCCAGAGCACGGCAUGCAGAAGCAGUCUCGUCUUUCGCGGAUCAGCACCUACAUUCCCGUGCCCCAGCCUCAGCUGGCCGAGUCCAACAAGCCCGAGCCUGCAAAGUUCGCAAUCUCAAUCACCCUCCUCACCCCGGGUCUGCCUAUUCCCUACUCGACCCCGAAGCCGAGCGAGGCCAACCCGUACCCAAAGCCUCAGUUUGUUGGGGGUAUGAACCACGAGUCCCAUGGCGAACGCGGCAAGUACUCGGGCGUCGUGAACCCCUAUUAUCCCAUGACCAACUCGGACAACGAGACCAUCGCUGCCUACAUUUACUUUGACGGCCGAGCCAAGGAGGAGGUUGCUACUCUGCUACGACCGGGCGAGGAGACCUGGGUAAAUAGCCGUUGGGUACAGGUUCCCGAUUCGGAAGGGGGCGGCCUAGCUGAGCGCGAGUUCUUGUUCCGCGAGGUCGGCCUUGAGCGCUGGCUCAACGGUCUCGACCUGCAGGGACAUGAUGCUGCCGAAAAGCUAGAAAAGCGUCGUCAGAAGUUUGAGAAGCGUCGGCGACGACAACGGGCUCUUGAGGGCAACACUAGUGACAGCUCUACCCCUCGGAGGGACACACUACGCUACGGAGCUGACGACAAGUCGCCGAUCGAGCCUGUCAUCGACGAUUCUGAUUCCUGGUCCGACGAUGACGACGAGCCGCCUGAGGCGACUGGACAGAUCAAGGUCGCCAUGUUCCGUGUCCUUGCCUCUGGUGAAAUCAAGAAGGGCGAAUACUCGCCUCAAUUCGACGCCCAUGAUGGCGACGAAGAUGACAUGGGCAACAAGGGCAACGGAAUCGAUGCCGAUGUCGAGCACACCACGAGUUUUGCCAAGCCAAAGACUCUUGACCCUAAGACGAUCAGUACGCAGACGGUUACAGGUAUCGAUGGGCCAGAUAAGCCAUAUGCCACUUUCACCUUUUUCUACCGGGGCGAACGGCAAUUGCAAAAGAUCGGUGUUCUGCAGUCUUCGAAGAAUCCUCAGACGACACCUGGCUCAGCCAAGCGACGGUCUGGCCAACUCGACUUUUCCAACUUGGGUCCUCUGAAGGCCGGAGGUACCGUUGGUUUCUCGGCUUUCCGCGACCAGGCCACCGAGGCAUCGAGACGGCGCAAGGCGAGGAAGAAGAGCAAUGGAAACAUUGCCGACGACAGUGAUGACGACGACGACGACGAUUCUGACGAAGUCUUGGCCAAGAUGGAAGAAGUGGAUGAUAAGGACAUCCAUACCAAACUUGCGCCAGAAGAUGUCAAGUUCCAGGGCGAGCUUGCCGAGGGCGUGGAUCGUAUUCACCUUAAGAGGGCACAUUCAGCGGACCCAGACGGCAAGGCGACUCCCGAGUCUUCACAAACCCCCAAUCCCGCAGGGGCAUCUGCCUCCCAAACAUCCACGACAGGGGCAUCUCCUCUCAACAACUACUUAGCCAACGCGGCCGGCUUCGACACGCCCAGCGAGUCAAUUCUUCAGAGCCCACUCAAGAAGUAUCGACCCAGUGUGGACUACACGGCCGAUGGUACAAAUCUGACGGCUACGCAAAACCUGAGUGCUGCGUUGGACUCGGUUGUCGGUGGCGGUUCUGGAUCGGGAACACCGUCGACGGCUGAGGUGCAUAAACCAAAGGCCGAAGAGGAGGAAGAGCUGUGA